CGUGCGCAGGCGCAGCCGUCGGUGGGUCGGGGUUCGGUCGCCUGAGAGAUCUGGAAAACCCCCGGGGCGAGGUGUCUUCCCUUCUCAACAUGGAUAAUAAAAAACGCCUGGCGUAUGCCAUUAUCCGCUUCCUGCACGACCAGCUGCGGCAUGGGGGGCUCUCCUCCGACGCCCAGGAGAGUCUGGAAGUUGCCAUCCAGUGCCUGGAGACUGCUUUUGGGGUGACAGUGGAAGACCGUGACCUUGCGCUUCCCCAGACUCUUCCAGAAAUAUUUGAAGCAGCCGCCACGGGCAAGGAGAUGCCGCAGGACCUGAGGAGCCCCGAGCAAACCCCACCUUCAGAGGAGGACUCCGCCGAGGCAGAACGCCUCAAGACCGAAGGAAACGAGCAGAUGAAAGUAGAGAACUUUGAAGCCGCCGUCCACUUCUACGGGAAAGCCAUUGAGCUGAACCCAGCCAACGCCGUCUACUUCUGCAACAGAGCUGCUGCCUACAGCAAGCUGGGGAACUACGCCGGGGCUGUGCAGGACUGUGAACGAGCCAUCUGCAUAGACCCGACCUACAGCAAGGCUUACGGCAGGAUGGGAUUGGCGCUCUCCAGUCUGAACAAGCACACAGAGGCUGUGGCCUACUACAAGAAGGCUUUGGAGCUGGAUCCCGACAACGAGACAUACAAGUCCAAUCUCAAGAUAGCAGAACUGAAGCUGAGAGAGGCGCCCAGUCCAACAGGAGGUGUUGGCAGCUUUGACAUCGCCGGCCUGCUGAACAACCCAGGGUUCAUGAGCAUGGCAUCAAACCUUAUGAACAAUCCUCAAGUUCAACAGCUCAUGUCCGGGAUGAUCUCAGGUGGCCACAACCCCCUGGGGACCCCUGGUACCAGCCCCUCGCAGAAUGACCUGGCUAGUCUCAUCCAGGCGGGCCAGCAGUUUGCCCAGCAGAUGCAGCAGCAGAACCCAGAAUUGAUAGAACAGCUCCGGAGUCAGAUGCGGAGUCGGACCCCCAGUGCCAGCAAUGAGGACCAGCAGGAAUGACUGCCCAUCUGUUCCUGCGCCAUCGGGUCUUCCCCGGCCAACUGGAAGCCUCACGAUUUGCUGUUCUCUCCCAUUGGACUGCCCAAGAGAAAAAAAGAAAUUGGACCUGCAUGUUAAGCCAGAUUUUUAUUAUUUUUAUGUUUUCCUUUUACCACUCCUUACCUUUUUGUACUCCCAGGGCCCCCAGACCCUUCUCAAAACAGAGCCA